CUAUGCAUUUGGAAAGGAAAACACUUUUCGUUGAAAAGGCGUCAACAUGGCGGUUGUUUGGACGUUGGCAGCCGCCGCGACACUUGUGAAACUGUUGUUCAUUCCGGGAUACAGAUCAACUGAUUUUGAAGUGCAUCGAAACUGGCUGGCUAUCACCCAUUCUUUGCCGAUGCGGAAAUGGUAUACAGAGGAUACAUCAGAAUGGACUCUGGAUUACCCGCCUUUCUUUGCUGCGUUUGAGUUCCUCCUGUCAUGUGUGGCUCAGUUUUUUGACGCUCAGAUGCUCAUUGUGAACAAUCUGAAGUAUGCGAGUGAGCGCACGAUUCUGUUCCAGAGACUGUCUGUCAUCUUCACAGAUUUUGUUUAUUUUUAUGCUGUGAACGAAUUUUACAAGAACAGACUUCUGUUUGCGGGCAAAAAUUUGCGGAGAAUGGACUCUCAACCAGCAAUCAUACCUGCACUCCUCAUAUUCAAUGUUGGAUUGUUUAUUGUGGAUCACAUUCACUUUCAGUACAACGGCAUCCUGUUUGGCAUAUUGCUUCUGUCCCUGGUGAGAAUAACACAGAACAGAGUGUUAGAAGGUGCGUUCUGGUUCGCCGUGUUGCUGAAUAUGAAGCACAUCUACAUGUACGUGGCCCCUGCCUACUUCGUUUACCUGUUGCGGAGCUAUUGUUUCACCGGAACCGGUCCGGUGUUGUGGAGAAAAUUUUCCAUAGGACGAUUUGCGAGUCUUGGUGCUGUUGUCGGUGCAGUCUUUGUUAUGUCGUUUGGACCAUUCAUUUACUUUCAACAAAUAGGGCAAGUGCUGUCACGGUUGUUUCCCUUCAAGCGCGGCUUGCUCCAUGCCUACUGGGCCCCCAACUUCUGGGCGUUGUACGCUGUGUGUGACAAAGUCCUCACUGUCUCUGCCGUGCGACUGGGUCUGGUGGGUGCUGACCGCGUGGCGUCGGCUGCGAUGACCGGGGGUAUGGUGCAGGAGUACAGCUUUGUGGUGCUGCCCGACGUCCCUCCGAUAGUCACGAUGAUGGUGACGGUCAUCGCCAUGAUGCCGUCGCUGUACUCCCUGUGGGUGUCCAAGGACAAAGUGUCGUUUGUGCGGUCAGUGGUCCUGUGUGCCUACACCUCCUUCCUGUUUGGCUGGCAUGUACACGAGAAGGCUGUGCUGUUGAUGAUCAUACCCAUGACACUUUUGGUGAUCUACGACCAGCACUAUGCCAAGAUGUAUCUGAUUCUCUGCGUCACAGGAUUCUAUUCACUGUUUCCUCUGCUUUUCACUCCGUUUGAGAACGUUCUGAAAGUGUUGAUGUUGUUACAAAGUGCGAUAUUUGCCUUCCUGGCUCUCAACAGUGUCCACAGCCCAACACCAGCAAAGUUUUCCAGGGCGGCCCUGAACAGACUCUUCAAGCCAUUGUCGUGUCUCCAGCUGCCAUUUCUGAACGUUCCGGAAAGUCUGUACGUCCUGGGCUUGGUGCCGCUGGGCGUGGGGAACAGCGCGGGUCUGUGGCUGCUGGGUGCCGACCGGCGCCUCCCCUUCCUGCCGCUCCUGACGACCUCCGUGUACUGCUCUCUGGGCGUGCUCUACUCCUGGCUCCUGCUGUACCGAGCGGCGCUGGCCGACAUCCGAGCGGUCAGUGUGGUCAGUGGUCAGGGGGAGGCUCGGGGUCAGAGGGUCAAGGACGGGGUUCAGGGGAAGAAACAGUUGUGAUUGAGUGUGUGAGUGAGUGAGUGAGUGAAUGAAUGAAGGUGGGAGGGUGAAAGAGAUAGAGUUGUAUGACCUCUUGAGAACUAAGUGAAUGACUCAACGAGUGGAAGUCGGAGGGUAAGGGAGAUAAAAUUAUAGGACCUCUUGUGAGGAGAGCGAGUAAAUGAAGGUGGGAGGGUGAGGGAGAUAAGAGUUAUGGCCUCUAUCAUCAUCAUCAAUGCCUUUCACCCCUGGCAGGGUAUAGGCCACAUACAAGCUCCUUCCAUUUAUCUCUGU